GAAGAGGAACGCGUGUUCGCGAACUGACGUAAACCGGUCGUCUUCUCGAUAUCUUCUCGAGAGUAUCGUGUCGUCGAUUUUAUUAGUCGCGGUGAAAACAGUACAUCUGCUUACCGUACGCAUCAUGUUGUGCUACAUAUUAGUCGUCUCUAUUGCCGUUGCUACACGGGCGAAUGUUUAUCUGCCGUCGAUUAAGGAAGAACAUUUAUUGACCGACACUCUGUUCCGAGAGUUAGUUAAUCAGAUGGGGAACGAACUUGCUAACGCGGAUUCUUACUUGGAAUAUUCGGAAAAGGACAAAGAAUUUCCGAUAGAGUUGUCAGCCGACUACGACGGCAUGGACACGCUUAAUCCGAAUCCGAGUAUACGGGAUCAGGAGUAUCUCCAACACAGCACGCUGUGGGGAGGGAAUCGUCAAAAUAUUGAUAAUAACAAUAAUAAGAAUAUAAACAAAGGCAAUGACAAGCAUAAGAUUUAUGUGAACGGAAACGCGAAGGGAAACAAGGAUGAAAAAACGGAUAAUCCUUUGCCAGCUUAUUGCACUCCUCCAAAUCCGUGCCCGGUUGGAUAUACGAGUGAGAACAAUUGUCUCACCGAGUUUGAAAACACGGCUGCGUUCAGUCGUGAUUAUCAAAGCGCGCAAGAUUGCAUGUGCGACACCGAACACAUGUUAUCGUGCUCCACCAAUUCCGGAAUCAGCAACAAUUUGCCAAAUACGCACGUUUCGAACUCCGAUUUCGAUCCGUUCGUCGACAUGCAGGAAGAGAAUCCAUUCUUCCGAGGAGAGAAAUUGCCAAUAGCCGCAAAGAAGGGCAUACAUGUGAUCGAUUAAAGACUGCAAAAGGGAACAUUUGAAAGAUAAAUAAAAAUUAAUCUACAGAGAAUAUAUUAUACUUCGCUAAUUAAAUUAUAAAAUUCUCCAGACCGAUACCAAUCGAAAAUAGGUUUGUUUUACAUGUUUAAUAAAACAAAACACGCGUUUGCACAGUAAAUUAAGACAGUAAGAUUUUCCGAAUCCGAAACUAAAAAUGUGUGUAAAUCAAGAUUAUCAGUGAAUAUUGAAAAUCUCUUUAAAUAUCUAUUUUACACACGGAGUCGCUAAUAGAGAUAAUUGUUAGAUACGUGUAUAUUUUAACAAUAUAAAAUGUUUACACGACAUUGUCCACACUUUGUGAGAUAGCAACAAUUUCUGUACACGUUUGUAUUUUAUUCUUUUAAUCCUCAGAAAAGCAGCGAUGCUAUGUAAGAUUUGUCAAAGUCUAAAAAAAAGUGUAUCUUUUGCUUAUACAACAUUCUUUAUAUAAAUUCCCUGUGAUGAUUGAGUACUCCAUUACCACGUUACAUAUCUAUGAUAUAUAUAAUUUUUAGUAGUGAUUAAGAAAACAAAAUUAUUAUAAAGAUGUUGACAUCGAUGUGUAUACUUUAAAUAAUUCUAUCAAAACUGUGUACUUACGCAACAUAUUUAAUUGUUUUCAAUUAUAUUUUAUUUUGGUAUAACAUA